AUGGCGCUGCGAGGCACGGCCCGAGGAUGCCCGCUGCCGCCGCUCCCCGCCCCGGCCGCAGGGUCGGUCCCUCCCCCGGCCGCCCUGACCCCUUCGUGCUCGGGGAACUUCGAAUCGGGCCAGCAGGAGACCGGCGGCGCCGCCACGGGCUUCCCACCGCUUCUUUUUGUUAGAAGAAGGGGCCGAGAGGAGACCUCCUCGCUCUGUGCAGCUCCCGGGAAGGAGGUUAAUAAUUGUGGCCUUCAGUUAGUUAUCCAGACCUCAUCAAUAACAGAUAAAAGCAAACCGUUUGAAUUCAGGAUAAAUAAAGAGCAGUCAUCUUUCCACAAUAGACUUCUGCAGCAUGAUCUGGAAAAAAACUAUUCGGGAAGGCAAGGAGACCAAAAAGUAUUAAGUCCUUUGGUGCGUAAUAAGCAGAUACACCUUCCCGUACCAUCCAGUCUGACAGAUCUUUCUGGGCUGGAGUUGAAGCAGAACGCAGGUUAUUUAUUGGGAUUUGGCGAGUCUUCCGUUCACACAGCUACAAAAUCCAGAUCCCGACAAAACAGCCGUGCUUCGGAUAACACAAAUUUUGGGAGCAGUUCAUCAAUAUCAUUUCCUGUAUUGCAACGUACGGCUGAAGAGAAAAUACUGAACUGUGAUAGACUGACUCUGGAAAGGCAAAAACUCACAGUGUGUCCAGUUAUUGAUGGGGAAGAUCAUCUUCGUCUUUUGAAUUUCCAACAUAACUUUAUAACCCGGAUCCAAAAUAUUUCUAAUCUGCAGCAUCUUGUUUUCUUAGAUUUAUAUGAUAAUCAGAUAGAGGAAAUAAGCGGACUUUCAACUCUUAGAUCUCUAAGAGUUCUUUUGUUGGGAAAGAACAGAAUAAAGAAGAUCUCAAAUCUGGAGAACCUAAAAAAUCUUGAUGUUUUAGAUCUUCAUGGGAAUCAGAUCACUAAAAUAGAAAACAUCAGUCAUUUGAGUGAACUGAGAGUGUUAAACCUUGCCAGAAACCUACUAACUAUUGUAGAAAACCUUAAUGGACUGGAUUCGCUUGCAGAGCUCAACCUUCGUCAUAACCAAGUCUCUACUAUAAAAGAUGUGGAUACUUUGCCCCGUCUCCAGCGUCUCUUCCUCAGCUUCAACAAUAUAUCUAGUUUUGAGGAUAUUCUCUGCCUUGCUGAUUCCUCAUCUUUGUCAGAUAUCACCCUUGAUGGCAAUCCAAUAGCUCAGGAGACAUGGUACAAACACACUGUUCUCCAUCAUAUGAUGCAGCUCCGACAGCUAGAUAUGAAGAGAAUCACAGAGGAAGAAAGACGUAUGGCAUCUAUUGCAGCAAGGAAGGAGGAAGAAAGGAAGCGUGAAAGCCAUAGACAGACCUUGCUUAAGGAAAAGAAAAGGUUAACGAUUUGUAACAUUGCUCGUCAGUGGGAGAUACAGCAGAAUCGAGUGGCUCUUGUGGCUUCUUUAAAUGAAGACAAAGAUAAUGAGCCCUGUCAGAUCAAUGGCAGUGCUGCAUAUGUAUUUCCUGAAGAAAGCAGGUCUCUCGAUACGAUAUUGAGCAGUGCAGUACAAGGCUUGUCUGUUCUUGAGUCUCAUUUAGUGGAAGUGGAAGGAGACACUCUUUGCUUGUAUGGUGCUGGAGCGCUGGAGUGCUUGGAUCGAAACUGGAGUGUUCAGACAGCUGGAACGAUUGUCACAGUCUCCUUUAUGUUUAUAGAAUUUGAUGAAAUUGUUCAAGUGUUAACAAAACUGAAGAUGAAAUUUCCUAAUUCUGUGCACCUGAAGUUUAAGGAGACAAAUCUUGUGGCGCUGCAGCAAUUCAAUGCCUUAGCCCAGAUGCAUCGCAUUGAACAGUUGACGGUUGAUCCUCAGGGAAAUCCGGUUGUCAACUUUACUUUGUGGAAAUACUAUGUUCUGUUUAGACUGAACCAUUUUAAUCUACAGAAGAUUAAUGGAAUAAAGGUUACUGAAAAUGAUAUUGUGAUGGCAGAAAGGCUCUUUGGCAUUCUAGCAUAUGUAGCAUCUUCUGAGCUGCCACAGUACCGCAUGCUUUCAUUAUUUGGAGAAUCUAGGAGGAAACAAUUCCAUUACCUGCUGGAGGGAAAGGGAAAGAAAUCUGGGAUCGGAAGUGAAGAAAGUAGUGAUAACAGAAGAAAUGGAGGAGAAAGCACCUCUCGAGCAAUGCUGAGUUAUGUAACAAAAGACUUACAUAUGGAAAAGCUUGAGGAAAUCAAGGAAAGAAAAACAUUUUGCCAGACGUACGUCGAGAACUUAGUGAAAGAAGCAGCUGACAUCAAUAUGAAAAAUGAGUCGUUGCAGAAGCUCUGGCCCCAAAUGUUCAUUGAGCUUGUCAGAGAUGCAGUCAUAGAAAUACGCAAUAAAAAUUCCUACAUGAAACUCUGCUUGCAGCGGAUCACUGAUCAAAAACAGUGAAGUCAAGGCUUGUCUUCCAGGCUUUUGGGUUUAGUAUUCUUUGAUAUUUCAUGAACUUAAAACAAUAGAAUAUAAAAUUACUAUUACCACGGUGUACUUCACCUCCCCUCCAAAGGGAUGCCUUUCAAUCUUAAUUAACUCUUGUUAGCUUUGAAAGAGAACUUUACUUGCAUACUGCUUUAACAAUGCUUCCUUGGCUAAAGUGAUGAAAUAGCAUAGAGGUUACUUAGGGAUUGUCAUGUUUAACUAAGUAGUUCUUUAUUUUUUUUCCUGCUACCCUUGCUUCUGUAGUGAUGCAGCACUGAUUUUUAAAGAAGGAAUUUAAACUCUGCUUGCCUUAUUUUGUAUUGAACCCUUUUCAGUUGUCACAUUCUUGACCGUUUGCUGCUGUUCAAAGAAAUUCAGGGAUAGUAGCCAAUUUUUUUUUAUGAGCAGAAGCUAAUAAAUUGUUUUUACACCCUGAACUUGAUGAAGACUUUUAUUCUUGUUUAAUUUGGGAGAUUAUGGAACAGGUUUUCACAUCAAUGCCAACACUUAAUAAGCUUAAUUCUCAACUGAAGAAAUUGUCCAAACUUUAUUUCAAGUGUUUUUCAUUAAUUUAAUUUGUAUUAGUUUGUGAGUUAUUGUAGGUAAAAUAUGAAUUUGAGGUAUACUCAUUCAAGCUUUUUUGUUUUGUUAAAAUAUGUCAGUAAUAUAAUUUCUUUUGUUUUAUGAUUACUAAGUGAUUAAUUUUUGAGAUUUGCUGUGAUCAAAUGAGCGAAAAUGCAUGCAUGGCAUUUGGUAAGAAAACUGAUCACUACUGUUCGGUUGUAAUUAAUUUCUGUAACUGACAAUUUCAUAUUUGGUGUAAAUAAAAGUAAAUUCUUCACUUUUACCCUUCGCAGAUACUGUAAAGAUGUACUAUGUGCAAAGAAAAGAUUUCUCCUUAAUGUUGCAUGAAGAGAUGAGGCACAGCUUGAUCCCCAAAUCAACUGUGAAUGGACAGAGAAAACAGAUUCUGCAGUACAGUACAGUAACUUCCACUGUAAACAGCAUGCCAGCCUCAGCCCGGAAACUGAAUUUAGGGAUUGUUGGCACGUCCAGCUCAUGCCCGUGGCUAGUGUUCAGAUGUAGGUAGAAAGAUGUGCCAUUUAAACUUGACUUUAUAGU